GUCACUUCCUGGGAGGAAAUCGGGAUCGGGCCAUUCUCUUUAGUGUUUGCCUUGUCUACCUUCUUUCCACAACAUCACGGCCAGAAUUUUGUACACAAAAUUCCACAGGUCAUUUCGUUUCAACAAGACCUAACAAAACAGCACAACAUUACGCCGGCCACACCGCCUAUGGAUUAACCAAGAAGUCUACGAGCAAAGAGCCGAGAGCCUUGCAGUUAGAGCUGCACGAACAACGACAACAACAACACAACAUUCUGCUCGUCACUACCCUCCAGGAACUCCACUCCUAAAUCAAUCCUUGUGUAACUCAAUCGACCCAGCCCAACAGUGAGGAUGUCCCAGAUCCAGUAUCAGUGUCUGGGGAACCCCAUGCCCACCACUGCUGCUGCUGCUGUCACCCCAUUACACCUGGCCCCGCCCAUGCCUGGAUACAGCAUCCCCUGUGCUUCCGCCACCCUGCCCGCUGAGAACGCAAGCCAGCCCAGCCGAAGCUCCUCCCUCCCUUCAGGCUCCGUCACUCCCUUCGCCCCCACCACAGAAUCUAACAUGGCAAACCCUAAAGAGAAGACCCCCAUGUGUUUGGUGAAUGAGCUGGCCCGUUUCAAUAAAAUCCAACCCGAAUACAAGCUGCUUUGUGAGCAAGGCCCGGCUCACUCCAAGAUCUUUUCAGUGAGACUCACGCUAGGCGAUCAGCACUGGGAGGCAGAGGGCACCAGCAUCAAGAAAGCCCAGCACACGGCUGCUGCGACCGCCCUGGCUGAGACCACGCUGCCAAGGCCCACGCUGAGAUCACCCCGCAACACAGAAGAGUGCACCACGCACACCAUGGAGCUGAACGCCUUGUGUAUGAAGCUGGGGAAGAAGCCCCUGUACAAGCCCAUCGACGCAUACAUGGGGAUGCGACCGCCAAACUUCAACUGCAACGUCCGAGGCCCCGGGCCCUACCAGCGCUCUAUGCAACAGUAUUACUACCCGUUCCCGCCGGUGGGGCCCUUCCUGUACCACAUGGAGCUGUCUAUAGGGGGCCAGCAGUUCCACGGCAAGGGGCGCACGCGGCAGCUGGCCAAACACGACGCGGCCGCCCGGGCGCUCAAGGUGCUGGAGAAUGAGCCCAUGCUCCAACAGCUGCCCGUGAUGAACGGCGACGGCGAGGAGGAGAACCUCAACAAGUCCGAAAUCAGCCAAGUCUUUGAAAUUGCACUCAAGAGGAAUCUUCCCGUCAACUUUGAGGUGUUGCAGGAAGCCGGCCCGCCCCACAUGAAGAGCUUCGCCGUGCGGGUGGUGGUGGGCGAGUUCGCCGGGGAAGGGGAGGGCAAGAGCAAGAAGAUCGCCAAGAAGCUGGCGGCGGCCAUGGUGCUGGAGGAGCUGAGGAAGCUGCCCCACGUCCCCGGCGUGGAGAAGAUGCUGCCGCACAUUAAAAAGAAACCCAAGUCCAUCGUCAAGCUGCAGACCAGCCCGGAGUACGGCCAGGGCAUGAACCCCAUCAGCCGGCUGGCCCAGAUCCAGCAGGCCAAGAAGGAGAAGGAGCCGGAGUACGGGCUUCUGACGGAGAGGGGGCUGCCGCGCCGCAGGGAGUUCGUCAUCCAGGUGAGCGUGUGCGGCCAGUGCGCGGAGGGCCUGGGUCCGAGCAAGAAGGUGGCCAAGAGGAACGCGGCGGAGACCAUGCUGGAGCUGCUGGGUUACAAAGUGCCUCAGCCCCAGCCCCCCAAGCCGGCUCUGAAGACGGACGAGAAGGCCCCGCUAAAGAAACCCGGAGAGCAGGAGAGACGCAAAGUGACCUUCUUUGAGCCGGGUUCAGUGGACGACGGGACGUUGGCCUGCAAGGACGACGACUACCGCCUGCCUUACCUCAGCAACCAGCAGCUCCCCGCGGGCAUCCUCCCCAUGAUGCCCGAGGUGGCCCAGGCCGUGGGCGCCUGCCAGGGGCCCCACGCCAGGGACUACGGCCGCCACGCCGCCGCCCCCAACCCCGCCAUGACCACCGUCACUGCCAUGAUCGCCAACGAGCUGCUGUACACGGGCGUAUCGCUCACCGCCCAGACCGUCCUGGCCAACAGCCCCAACAACAACAACAACAACGGCAGCCUGAGCCAGCCGGCCCCCGGGCCCCUGGCCAGACCCUCGGAGCAGCUCAGCUACCUGGCCGCGGUGCAGGGGUUACAGGUGGAAUACAAGGACUUCCCCAAGAACAAUAAGAACGAGUUUGUGUCGCUGAUCAACUGCUCCUCCGUGCCGCCCCUCCUCAGCCACGGCAUCGGGAAGGACGUGAGCUUCUGCCACGACAUGGCGGCGCGGAACAUCCUCAAGCUACUCUCAGAGCUGACCAAGCAGUCCAGUGACCGCCCUGGCAACGGACCAACCUCUGGGUCUGGCAAGCAGGAGAUGGAGGCAGAGUCGCUGCUGCAGCAGGCGAACCCCAGCCCCAUGGCACAGGCGGUGGAGACGGCAGCGCGUAGUCGACCACCGCGGCGCCCCGGUCGGCUCGCGGGGCUCGACAGCGGAUUGACACUGUGUUUUUAGGCCCUUUUUGUAGAGGAACUAAAACCUUCACACGGGAGACGACAUAGGCUUCGGGGAAAAUCCCGUCGUUCACGUUCCCGUCGUUCCACAUAAAAAAAAUGAAACGUUCGGUAAAACAAGAUUGAUAGAAAACGGGAUGUUGCUUCCUUCUCCCCUGACGAUGUUUUAUUGUACACCUUAUUUAUUCUUUUGUUUUUUUUCCUUUCAAUGCUUUGUGGAAGAAAAUAACUGCUGCCUCCCCCCCAGUCGAAGAAAUGGGCAUUUGCUUUCCUGAACUA